AUGGCAGAACUCGCCAGUCAUGGACAACCACAGCGCGGGGCUCUCCUUGUUGUCGAAGGCUUAGAUCGCGCGGGUAAAUCGAGCCAGUGUGAGGCGUUGCGCAACUCCCUCCAGGCAUCAGGGCACCCUGUUAAAUAUGUUCGGUUUCCAGACCGAACCACGCCUAUUGGCAAGAUGAUCGACGGCUAUUUAAGGGGCCAGUCGCAGUUAGAUGACCACUCAAUUCAUCUUCUUUUCUCGGCCAAUCGCUGGGAGGCCGCCAAGGCGAUCGAGGAAGACAUUGCUAGCGGAACCACCGUGAUAGUUGACCGUUACUCGUACUCCGGUGCGGUUUACUCCGCUGCAAAGGGGAACCCGAACCUCUCUCUUGAAUGGGCAUGGCUACCAGAAAUUGGUUUGCCCCGCCCCGACAUAUGCCUCUUCUUACAGAUCUCCCCCGAAGAAGCGGCCAAGCGAGGUGGUUUCGGUGUGGAGCGCUAUGAGAACGAACCCAUGCAAAAACGAGUGCGUGAGCUGUUUGGAACCAUCUUCGGCCUGCAGCCAAGCGGUGACAUCCGUGUCAUUGAUGCAGGGAGACAGUUCGAGGAGGUGUCGCAGGACAUUCAAAAAGCCGUAGCGGAACGCAUAGCCCGCUUAGGUGAUAUCGGGUCUUUAAGGAAGCUGGAGCGAUUUGCGGCUUAA